CUUUUACUUUCUGACCCCUGGAAUGUCCACCUCUGUCUAUAAGUAAUAAAUAGCUAGUAAGAUAAUAUAACGGUAACUAACGUUACAGUAUGUAAGUAAUAUUCUAUCGAUAUGUAAUGAUAAAUAACGUUUGCUAGUACAUUAUUUCAGCAACAUGACAAGCCAGUGAAUUAGCAGGUUUCAAUAGUUGCUUUGCACAGUGCGUGACAUUUUAUCUGUAUGUUAUGCAGCUAGAGUUUUGACACUGAGUCAAUGGGCUCCGACGAGGAUAUGGCAGGACUUUUACUUUCUGACCCCUGGACUAUACACCUCUGCUGAACAAAUACACAGGUUGAGUUCAUUUUAAAUCUACACACAAUAUGUGUAAAACAAUUGAAUUCUUCCAACACAUUUUUAUGCAAAAUUGACACAAAAUGUGUAAACUAGAGUGUUACACAUAAUGUCAUUUUUCUACACACUUCUUCUUAGAGUGUCUGUUGUCUCAUUCCCUAACCUAUAAAACAUAUAAAAUACAUAAAAUACUCUAUAGCUAACUCUGUUGAUGGUCAUAUUUUGUAUUACCAGAGCUAUUUAUCUUUUCUGUGCACAGCAUGUUUGAAACCUGUUGACACGGUUUGAGGUUUUCUUACAAAUCACAUGAUAUUCAAAAAUAGGUGUUGACUCAGUAUAAAUACAACUGUGGAUCUUCCUGUUUCCAAGUUCCUGAACUGAGUUGCUGAAGGAAUCACUGUUACAAACCAGGAAUUUCAACUGUUUCUGUCUUUCAGAACUGACGUCUGCCUCCACUGAUUAAAGUGUAAGACUACUGCUUGUUCAAUCACUGAUAAUCAUUAGAGCAUGAUUUACCAAUUAACUGAUUUAUUUUUUUAAAGAAUUUACUAAAAUUAUCAUACAGUACAAAUGUUUCAUCUAACAUUCUUGAAUGUUUACCACAUAAUAUUGAAUUGAAUAUAGCUGCAGCAUUUUGCCAAUACUUAAGUUAAUAAAAUAAGUAUGUCUAUACACUAUUACAUUCCUAAAUGUCUUUGUGAAUGAGAAAUUAUCGACGCUACAAGAGGAUCUGCAUACUGUAAGUGUUUUGCUGUCGUUUCUAGUUGAUUUUAGUGCUGUAUAGUUGCUUUACUGCUUGUUUACUGAGGUCACGUGGCAAAUCGCGUUUGUUCUCGUUCGCUCUGAGUCAGUAAGGCGUGGCCAAAGCCAGCUUAGUAUAUAAACAGUUGUUAUUUAGCAUUCAUUAGAGAGAAUCAUCGACGCUACAAGAGGAUCUGCAUACUGUAAGUGUUUUGCUGUCGUUUCUAGUUGAUUUUAGUGCUGUAUAGUUGCUUUACUGCUUGUUUACUGAGGUCACGUGGCAAAUCGCGUUUGUUCUCGUUCGCUCUGAGUCAGUAAGGCGUGGCCUGCUGAACUAACUAACGUUGUAAUAAGCUGGUAUAAGUGCAUAGUGUACCACGGCAGCGGACGCGGCAGCCCUCAUGUGAAGCCCUCCUCGUGUGAAGACCGAAGAGUGUAAAGACCAGCGACUCCACCGAGCAACGACACGACACUUGAGUAUUGCUCUUUUCUUUUUUUUAUUCUUUCUUUCCUCUUUAUACAGUGUGUUCUUGUCUGUCUUUUGACUUGUUUUAGAUAUGUGCUUCCAAAUUCCCUCUAUUACUAACACUCGUAAAUCGCGUGCUACACGCUGUAGGCAGCGCAACCAUAACAACCUGCGUUCUUUACCCAUGUCACCUAGUACAUUGUUUUCUAUUUCGAUUGGGCUCUGGAAUUGUCAGUCUGCUGUCAACAAAGCAGACUUCAUCACAGCUAUUGCUACUUAUUCAGAUCUCCAUCUCAUGGCUCUGACUGAGACAUGGAUCAAACCAGAGGACACUGCCACACCAGCAGCCCUCUCCUCUAAUUUCACUUUCUCACCCACGCCAGACUGGGAGGGGUGGUGGUACUGGUUUGCUUAUGUCCAAUGAAUGGAAGUUCAAUCCUUUGCCAUCUCUCUCUAAAAAUGGCUCAUUUGAAUCACAUGCAAUUACCAUCACCUACCCUACUAAAAUUCAUGUUGUAGUUGUUUAUCGUCCCCCAGGUCAGCUAGGUAACUUCUUGGAGGAGUUGGAUGUGUUACUCUCAUCCUUCCCUGAGGAUGGCACUCCUCUGCUAGUACUUGGUGACUUAAACAUCCAUCUAGACAAACCUCAGGCUGCUGACUUCCACACGCUGCUUGCCUCAUUUGAUCUCAAAACAACCUUCUUGACAACCACCAGUCUGGUUUCAAGAGUGGCCACUCAACUGAGACUGCCCUGCUCUCGGUCACUGUAGCCCUGAGACUGGCACAAGCAUCUUCAAAAUCAUCAGUACUCAUCUUGCUGGAUCUGUCUGCUGCCUUUGACACAGUGAACCACCAGAUCCUCCUGUCUACACUCAUGUCGAAGGGUGGAAGGCACUCAUGUCACUCAUGUGGAACUGCGCUCCAGUGGUUCGAGUCUUACCUCUCAGAUGAUCCGACGGUUGCUGGUCGCAUCACAGCCUGCCUGACAGCCAUUUCUGCCUGGAUGAAGGACCACCACCUCCAACUCAACCUUGCAAAAACGGAACUGCUUGUGAUCGGUGCAAACCCAACACUUCAUCACAACCUCUCAGUUCAACUUGGGUCUUCAACCAUCACUCCUUCCAGGACAGCCAGAAACCUUGGAGUGGUGAUGGAUGAUUGUCUAACCUUCACAGAUCAUGUUGCAGCAACGACCCGGUCCUGCAGAUUUGCCUUGUACAACAUCAGGAAGAUUAGACCCUUCCUAUCGGAACAUUCCACACAAAUUCUUGUCCAAGCUCUUGUUCUAUCCAGACUGGACUACUGUAAUGCUCUCUUGGCUGGCCUUCCAGCAUGCACUAUCAAGCCUCUGCAACUGAUCCAGAAUGCUGCAGCAAGACUGGUCUUCAACGAACCGAAGAGAGCGCACGUCACUCCUCUCUUCGUCAGUCUGCACUGGCUGCCAGUAGCUGCUCGCAUCCAAUUCAAGGCUCUGAUGUUUGCCUACAGAACGACCGCUGGCUCUGCACCGCUAUACCUUAACUCACUACUUCAGACUUACGCGCCCUCCAGAAACUUGCGUUCUGCAAGUGAACGGCGCCUUGUGGUGCCAUCACAUAGGGGCACAAAAUCACUCUCACGGACCUUCUCCGGGNUACCUGCAAUAUGUUAUUGUGUAUGUAAUUGGCUAAUUGAACCACAGCUCUGA